CCCAUACGAACCUGAUGACGGGACGAGUCCAUGCCGGCUAUUAGCGGGCAGAUCGAUACAUUCCUUUCCCUCUUAGCCACGCAUCUGGGACCAUGUCAACGUGCUGGGUGACCCAUCGAUCUGCAGGAGAUGGAUGCUGGAUGAGAGUAAUAUUAUUCUGACCAAGGAAUCGCAGCGACAUGAAAUUCGGUACCUGGGAUGGCACAUGAUCGCCGGGCUGGACUGGAAGGGUUCGCCCCUUUUCAACCACUGGCCGAGGCUGCACUAGUCCCCAUCCGGAUGCUGCGGGCGCGCCGGAGCCCAAAAAAAAGACACGCGGAUGGAUUCUCCUUCCAUUGCAACAGUCAGCUCUUAUUCCACCUCUCCACCUUUCCUUCUGCUUCUUCUUCUUCCUCCUCCUCCUUCUCCACGACCCCCUCAACCCUUCGGUUCCCUUCUUUCCUUCCUUUUUACCUCCUUGUCCCGUCUUCUUUACUUCUUUUUCUUCUCUUCAGUCCGUUUGACUGUUUUUGGUCAGCAAUUCCGCGACCAUAGAGAAAUCAAAAAGGAGUAUUCUGCUGACUUUCGGCUCAAUUCUUGACCACGCCGUCGCAUACCCUAUUCGGACUUGAGC